AUGGUUAUCCGACUUAAAGGAAAGGCACCACCAAACGCCCAAGGGUCCGGACGCAAACGGCCAGAAACUGCGCCACCUGGGGCAACAACGCGAAAGAAAAGGGCACCAGCACAGAUAUCCCAGGCCGCCCGGGCGCCCAGGAGCGGGAGGCACACAGGCGAGCGGGGAGGCUCGGCCCGAGUGAUUGAGGGGAGGCUUGAUGCGCUGAGAGCGGACGAUGACGCGAGCACGGCGAGAAAUCCGUUAGCUGGGCAUCUAACCACCCACUCAAGAACUCUGAGAAUGCGCCCCGAUUCCUCACGCUUUUGUCCCGCGAAACGACACAGAGCGGAGUUCCUCCAGAAGGUGGCCAGCAUCAUCGAAAAAAGGAAGGUGCAGGAGAGAAGGUUGGCGUGGUCCGGGGAUGCUCCAAGGCCAAUCCCCAAGACGCGCAAGGACGUCGAGCGGGAGCUACAAAGGGCCUGCCCUCUCGACGCGGAGCGGAAAGCGGGUGUGGUCGAGCGUCUACGUUCCGGGGGGAUUGAAGCGAACAGGGCAACGCAGACGUUACUUGAUCCGGACACCAAGGCGGUCCUGACGAGGCGAGCGAAUGCGUGGAAGAGGGCGAGGGAAGAGCGCAUCCGUUCUUUGGUGUCGUCAUGCCAGAGACGCCGACGCGAUCAAGAUAUAGCUGCGAGGGAGAAUCAGACCGUCAAGGAACAGAAGAGCGAGGCACGGCGAGAGCGGACGAAGCAGGCCCGCGGGCGGGCGGCGCAAACGAAGGGCUGGCUCACCGCGCUCAAGAUGCGUGCGGCGGUCGCCUGGGUGGUCAACGGGCUCGACGGCAUCGAGGAUGAAAAGAGACGCGCGGAGGCAGCCAAGGUCAUCACGAGGCACGUCAUGGCGGUCGCACGGCACAGGUUCAAGCUGCGCGUCGAGGUGGCCACAAAGGUGAUCGACAAUCAGUUUGCCAAGAAAAUCCGAAGUCGCCGAUCGAUGGCGAAAACAAAGAGCCCCCUUCCCGCUCUUCCUCGAACGUUGACGAUCAGCUCUGACGUAAGGACGAGGGUGAAGCUUCUGGCCUGGAGAGUGGCGCACGCCCACGUGCAGCUGGCACGGCUACAACGAUGGUGGAGGCGGAGGCAGCAAGAGAUGGCGGCGUGCAGGCGCGUCAUGUGCAGGUUGUGGGAGAAGGAAGUGAGCCGAAGAGUGGACGUGAAGUGCCACUGCAUGCCGAUCCGAUUCAACCUAAAGGUCGACGAAAUCUGGAGGGCGCGAAAUGAGGCUUCUCUUUUCGCACACGAGAGCACCAACAGCAACAAUCACCAAGGCGACGGGGCAGGGUUUGGAGGGGCGCUAUUAGGAGAAAGCGCAUUGCGAUGGGGUGUCGUUCGGCACGACCCACGGGCGUCAGCGUCAGCUCCCGGUGGCGGCGGCGGCGGGGGCGGCAUCGACUUGCUGCGGGAAGGCGGCUUUGGCGCUGUAAAGGGGAAAGCCUUGCGGCAGUUCAAAGAAGAACAGGCACGGGGGGAAAAGGCGACGAUUCGGGCGCAUCUCUUGCUAGACCCGCUGAUCAACCCUCCGGGAGACCUGAGGGUCAGGAUGUGCGCGGAGUACGUGAAACAGAUGGCCCUGCGACACGCAGGGGCUGUGGCAGAGUUCGAAACAAAGGCGAAGUACAUCGCCGACCUGCAAUUGAGGACGACCAAGGUGCGAGUGCUAAAUACCAACCAGAUUCAAGAGAUGCCUGUCCGGCCCCGGUGGCGCACAGGACCGAUACCGGGAGAAGUGGCGGCGCUUGUUGACGCGGGGGUCGACUAUAUUUCGGGAGUGCAAUGGCUAUGGGAACCACGAACGCCCUCCAGGCUUGAAGACGGGAGUCUUUUGGCGGAUUCGAUGCCGACGCCUGAAGAACUAGCCGCUCGCGUGGCCAGCAAGUUCCGGUACGGUGGAACCAAGCUGGCCAUGUUGUUUGACGACGAGCCGGCCUCCGCCGUCGAAAGGAGGGAUCUCAACGCCAUGGCUAGCCCUGGAUGGCACGGCCCACAUAGAAAUAACCUAGGCACACCUACGGGUGUAAGGGUUGAGUGUGCUGCUAACAGUUGGGUUGGGGGGGCCAGGAACAAGAGUAGAACCUCGCCCAUGUUGACGUACCGCUAUCUCCCGCCCUCCUUGUCCUCGCACCACGUUGUUCAUGGUCGACAAGACGGGACUCGGGCAGAGUUGCUGGACGCCUGA